AUGGGACUUGAUAAAGAAGCAAGUUCAUCUUCACACGUGUUGAAUGUUCCUCAGUUUCCCAGAGAAGACACUCCUUUAUUAGGCAAGAGACCUCCAGUUUCUUCCCGAGGCAAGACCUUUGCAAAUGUUUUCAUAGCUAUAGUUGGUGCAGGAGUUCUUGGCUUACCUUACACUUUCAAGAAAACAGGAUGGGUUAUGGGCUCUCUUAUGGUUCUCUCUGUUGCUUUCCUGACUUACUAUUGCAUGAUGUUGUUAGUCUAUACUCGUAGAAAGCUUGAAUCUUUAGAAGAAUUCACCAAGAUUGCCUCUUUUGGUGAUCUGGGUUUCACUGUGUGUGGUCCUGUAGGUCGUGUUGCUGUUGAUGUUAUGAUUGUUCUUGCACAAGCAGGGUUUUGUGUCAGCUAUCUUAUUUUUAUCGCCAACACUUUAGCUUAUAUUAUAAAUCAUCAAUCAAGUGAUAAAAUUUUGGGCUUUUUGAGUCCCAAGGCUUUGUAUAUAUGGGUUUGUUUUCCUUUUCAGUUGGGGUUGAAUUCAAUUCCAACAUUGACUCAUUUGGCUCCGUUGAGCAUUUUUGCUGAUGUUGUUGAUCUUGGAGCUAUGGGAGUGGUUAUGGUGGAGGAUGUGAUGGUCUUUUUGGAAAAUAGGCCUGUUUUACAAGCUUUUGGUGGGUUCUCUGUUUUCUUCUAUGGUUUAGGUGUGUCUGUUUAUGCUUUUGAAGGGAUUGGUAUGGUGUUGCCAUUGGAGUCUGAAGCUAAAGACAAGGACAAGUUUGGUAGAGUGUUGGGGUUGUGUAUGGCUCUAAUUUCUUUGAUGUAUGUAGGUUUUGGGGUAUUGGGUUACUUUGCUUUUGGUGAAGAUACCAAGGAUAUAAUCACUACCAAUUUGGGACCUGGACUAGUGAGCAUUCUUGUGCAGAUUGGUUUGUGCAUAAACCUGUUCUUUACAUUCCCAUUGAUGAUGAAUCCAGUUUAUGAAGUGGUGGAGAGAAGGUUUUGUGAUUCUAGGUACACUAUAUUGUUGAGAUGGGUGGUUGUUUUGGGAGUGAGUUUGGUGGCUUUGUUGGUGCCUAAUUUUGCAGAUUUCUUGUCUCUAGUAGGGAGCAGUGUGUGUUGUAUGCUGGGGUUUGUGUUGCCUGCUUUGUUUCAUCUCAUGGUGUUUAAGGAAGAGCUGGGUUGGAAUUGGUUGCUUUUGGACGGGGCAUUUGUGUUCUUUGGUGCCAUUGUUGCAGUUAGUGGUACCUGGACUUCCUUGAUGGAGAUAUUUGCAUCGAAGUCAUCUUGA